UGCCUGCGCGCUCUCCCUCUUGAUGCGCUCUGACAUUACGCACGCCUUCAUUCACACCGCCAAUAGCUCAACAUGACAAGACGCGCAAGUGCGGAUACUUUACGGGGUUAGAAUAAUAUAAUUGCUUUAUACUUUUCAUUUUUAAACCGUGUAAAAAAAACAAACAAGGCCGAGUAAAGUAGACAGCAUAUCAUUGUCUUUGGCUUUGUUCCGUUUUCCCUUCUCAACAACCUAUUGCUAUGGCAUCUCUCACUCGAAGAGAGAAGGAGAGAUGUCCCACAGCAGGGAACCGAAGGUAUUGGACAGAUGCGCCUCAAUGUAAAUCAUCCAGAUUUUACUCUGAGACUGGGAGCGGUACAGUACUACACGAGGACUGUCAAUCAACAGAUCGCCCCUCUCCAGAGGGUGCAGGGUCCAACGCCGACCCUCAUGGAGUUCCGUGGCCAAAAACGGAUGUCCCAUCCAGAGGGUCUCUGACGAGACCCUGCGCCGGAGGACCUGGGAUUAUCAGUGGAUUUGACACUGUUAGACCCCCCAUGGUGGGAAGUUGGAGCGUUCGGAAAUCUGACGGAAAAGUUAUUUGUGAGCAUUGUACGGCGACUGUGGCUAUACUAAAAAUACACGCACGGAGCCUCGUCAUUCCUCAAUAUAUCUCAUGCAAGGACUCCACCUUGUCAGCCUAUCUCCACGACAACCUCCAAACCCACAGUGGUACCAUAGACGUCUGGGCUGUGGAGGACGAGCAGGGUGGCUGUGACGUCUGUGGUGCCCACCUGAGCCAGCUGAAGCAGGAGGCCAUCCACCUGAUCCUAGCCAGGGAGGAGCGUGCCAAGUGGGCCGCUCCAUCUCCCGCCAAGCCCCUUCCUGGAUCCACCUCCACCAAAGCAGCACCAUCUAGCCCCCACCUCUCACGCUCUGCCAGGACCCAUAGUUCCUCUGCCAAGCCCUCCCCUGGACCUCGAUCCACCACUUCCACAGCACCAUCUAGCCCCCGCCUCUCAGGCUUCACCAGGAGUCAAAGCCCCCAGAAGACCCACCCUAGGAGGAUCCUGAAGCCCACCCCAGCUGAGAUGGAGAGAUGGGUUGAGGAGCAGCAGCACCUGGCCUCCUCCAUAUCAAUGUCCAGCAAUAAUGGAGUCACCAUCUUUCCCUGCCAGUUUUCAGAGGAGUUCUCAGAGGGACCGAAUGAGACUGUGGCUGCCCAGAGCAGUCCAAUGGCUCCUGCAAUUUUGUCCUUUCUGGUCAGGGCAGCCCAGAAACUGAGCCUGACGUCGAGGAGGAAGAGCCAAAUGUCCGCCCCCUCUCCCGUGUCUCCUCUCCCCCAUUACAACACCUGCUACAGGGGCAUCAUCCAGAGGUCUCCACCCACAGUCCCCACCUGCCUCCUUCAAGCUGCCAACCAACUCAAAGACGCACCCAACUUUGGCAAGGUCAAAGUGGUGCUGCGAGUCUGCCCCUCUCCCACCGUGCCCCCUUCCCAACCCCAGCCACCCAUUCUUAGGGUGGACCCAGCCAAGAAAAGGGUCACCUUUAUUGAUCCUACCACCAACCACAAUCAACAGCCACACUCCAACUCCACGCCGACACACGCUGGGGAAGCCAAGGGCCACUCUAAGACAUAUGUCUUUGACGCAGCCUUCCCCCUAGAGUCAACCCAGGCGGAGGUGUGUGUAGGUAUUUUGCCUGACGUCAUCCGUUCUGUGGUCAACGGGGCAGACGGAUGUAUUCUGUGUUUUGGACAUGGUGAAGCGGGGAAGUCGCACACCAUGAUGGGUAGUGAUAGCAGCAGCCAGAGUUUAGGGGUCAUCCCGUGUGCCAUCUCCUGGUUCUACAGUCACACAGAGAGGAGGAGGAGGGAGAGGACUGGAGCCAGCCUGGCUGUGUCUGUGUCCGCUAUGGAGGUCUGUGGGGAGGAUGAGACCAUCAGGGACUUACUGUCAGGCAACCUCCAGGACAGCCCAUCGGCAGACCUUUAUCUCUUUGAGGACCCCAUCUAUGGAAUACAGCUUCGGCACCACAGUGUGGUAUCUGCCCCCAACGCCGAGAGAGCUGCCUUCCUGCUGGAUGCAGCCAUCGCAUCGCGCCACCGGGCCGGCGGCCCGACGAGUGGAGCUCGCAGUGACAUCACCACACCAUCGUCCUCCUCCAGCUCCCAUAUGUUUUUUACUCUGCACGUCCAACAGCAGCUCGCAGAGGGCAGUGGCAAAGGUGGCUAUUUCUGUGCAUUUGACCUGUACGUAGCUUGCACUGUAUGUGUCACCGUACGGACUCUACCAGGGGGUCAUAGCAGGUUGAUCAUGAUAGACCUGGCUAACAGUAUAAAGGGGACCAGUAGAACCAGUGACAGCAGAACAGGACGUCCUGAGUCUGAACUGGGCAGUGUUAUACUGGCCCUACUCAACAAUGGAAACAAAAACAUCCCCUACAGAGAUAGUAAAGUGACCAUGCUGCUACAGGAGUCUCUGGGUAAUAUUAACUGUCAUACGACCGUGCUGGCCCAUGUGACUGACUCACCAGAACACUUCCCAGAGACAUUCUCCACUGUCCAAAUUGCCUCGCGCAUUCGCAGGACACAGAAGAAGGCAAACCAUUCAACAUCCUGCUCUCCCAGUGGUAGAAGUCUGAGUAGAGAAAGGAGUGGAGGGAGUAGUCCCUUCUCUCUCAGAGCGUUUCACUCUACCAAUGCUGUGGACUCUGACCUCAGUGACCUGCCCCAGCUCAGGCUCGGUGGCGACCUGCUGGAUGACCACUCCAGCAGCAACCAGUGCUGUGACACGGUCAUCCACGUCAACCCCGAUGGCUCGGUCCAGCAGCCCAGUGCGGAGCUGACCCAGCAGGGCCAGGGCCAGCCGGAGUUUACCCCCAUUAUCCACUCUCUACACCAGAAUAAGGCUGAAGCGGAAUCGGAGGAUGCUGAGCUUUCUGCUCUAAAGAAAGAGCUAUUGCAGCACCUUCUAAACAUCAUGCCCAGACUGCAGGGAGAGAAGAAGAAGAAUGAGAGCAUCAUCCAAGAACAACUUCCUCAGAAUACAGCAGAGGUGGGCCAAUGUGAGAGGAACUUAAGUCUUAAGUGUGACACUUUCGCAGAGCUGCAGGAGCGACUCGGGUGCAUCGACGGCAGCGAAACAGUUAUCAAGUCAUCGUUAAAAGAACCUUCUGCCAUGACCGAGUCCCCUCCAGUCCCCCAAGAUGGCUCAGGCAGAACUGAAACUAUGGAGAAUACCUCCUUCUUGAAACUACUGAAUAUGAAGGUGAAGUGGUGUGAGCUUUCCAUUGUGGGAGAGAAAGAGAGCCUGGUGACAGAUGGCAGUCUUCCGGUCGACAGUUUUCAGAGAGAGGACUCUGGUCUGUAUGACUGUGAGGAGGGAAGUGCAGCCAGCUCCAAAGAGGACCAACCAAACCCCUGUGGCUCUAUCAGUAUACAUCCAGCCUGCCAGAACCAAGGCAACCCCCCUGAGUACAGCUUUCUUCCACAGCACAGUGACAUCUACACUCAGAUCAGCCCGGUGCCAAGCUCUCAUCUUCCUCUGUCUCUUUUUCCCCUGCCUCUGGAGCCAGCUGGAUACCCAGGGAGGUCUGGCUUGCUGCAACACCAGACCAGGACCUCUCCGGCGGGCAAAAGCACUCCGAUAUCCCCCUCUGUCUCUCCAUCCCUCCUCUCCCCCUCGUCCUCCACCACCUCCUCCUUGGCUACCAGUGUUCCCCUAGGAGAGAUGAUCCUUCCCCAGCUUUCCAAGCUGCCUACUACAGAGUUGGACUUGAAGGAGAUGAAGGCCACCAUCACGGUCAUGGUCCAGCAGCCAUUGGACCAGACGGGUCAGGAUGAGCUGGUGUUCACCAUGGUGGAGGAGGUUACCAUCAGCGGGGCGCUGGAGAGAGGAGACCGGGCAGGGAACAUCAUCAGGAUCAGGGAUGCCCACUCCUCCUCUGGCCAGGCUUCUUCAGGGUCAGUACUGGGUUCCCUUCCCAUCAGGAUUAUCAGUAACAUUAGUGAAGAUUCUACAGGUUCCACUAUCAAGGCCAUGGACCCUGCUACUACCACUAAGAUCAUGGCUGUGGAAGUCAACACCAAACCCAAAGCCAUGUCUUCUCUCUCCAGGGUGGAGAACCGGGUCUUGCCCUCCUUUAUAAACCCCUCGCUCACUGACCUCAGUAGGAGUAGUGAUGCGGAGAGGUCUCGUCAUCGCCGAGGGGUUUCUAACACCCGUUUCACGCGAGUGGAUACUUAUGCUGAACCCGAGAAGAAAGAUCAUCUAAAAGGUUCAGGAAGUAAAACGGCGAUGGAGACAGAAGGUGUGUUCUAUAUUACUGAGACGAAUCACGAGAAGAAUACCAACGAGAGCGUUUUGAUGCCUUUCCCAGGUGAAACUAAUAGUAUUGCAUCAUGUGACACACAUGCCUGGGAGGAGACCGGUUGCUAUGAGAUGAUGUCAUUAGAGAAUAGGGCCAGAGGGAGGAGUGGUAACCAAGCAGAAAGGAGCUAUCCCAGAGGAGGGGAGUUCACCACCUGUUCCCUAACCUGUUAUGACCGGGUCUUACCUGUUCCAUCUUCCCUAAUUACUCCAAAGACACCAGGGGACAGUAGUGAAAGGAGCAGGAAUACACCAGAGAACUGUAUCCCUGGUUACCUUGCAGCUACCCACCACAAAACAGCCAGUCUACCAAGAGGCUGGCAUAAUAUCAACAAGCAGGAGAGCUAUGUAAUGAGCGAGGAGUAUAAAGAUAAAGCCCCAGACGUUACAUCAUCCACCCCUGGUAGUCCCUGGGUGACCCUGGAGAGGAGGCCAUCCUCAGCCAGGCAGGGGAUCUUCUCCUGUGCCAGGGAGAGCCUCCCUCUCCCCUUCUCACCAGCUUGGAAGUACAGCCUGGAGCAGCAGCAGAGACAGAGAACUAGUAACAGUCCUCUCAGCACAGCCAGUAGUUCACCGUUGGAGCCCAAGCCAUCCACUCGGAGUGUUAGACAUGAUAGCGGCAAGCUGGAAUCUCCCAUAGAGGAAAGCAGUAGGCUCUUCAGUGCUAAACUAGAGCAGUUGGCAAGCAGGACCAACUCUUUAGGUAGAAUACCACUGGAGUUCCACACUCUGGACCGAGGCAGUAGCCUAUCCUCUGUGAGCUCCAUGGGGAGCUCCAAGGGCUCCAAAGGAAGUUGGGAAGGGGAGUCCAGCCAAUCCACCCUACCUCGGGCCAGCAGGAGCCCCAGGAGGGCCCCUAGGUCCAUUCCCUUGACUGACAAAAACACCUCCUACACAGCCCAUUCUCCCAAAACCAACAGGUCAACCUUUAUAACUGAGCCCAACACCACCACCUCCACAGCCCUCCAGUCUCCUAGAACCAGCCGAUCUAAGCUCUCCGCGGUGGGGAAACUGAUGAUGACCAGCCCUAAGGUCCGCCGGAUAUCCAUCCCCAUCCCCAGUACCAAGAACCUCAGCUUCUCUCCCAAAGCGUUCCGUCAGUCCAUCAACAGGAGCGCCAGUCUGUCCCCUGAUGGGAAGAGACCUGAGCAUGGUCCACCCUGGUCCACCCAGUCUCUAAGCCGAAACCAGAUCCCCUCGCCCCAGACCCUACCACCACGCCUCAUAGCAAAGUCCCCUGUCCGGGUAAUCAAUGGGCGCAUCUCAGAGCUCCUCCAGAUCGGCAGAGAGCCCUACCCCUCUGGCGGGGCCUCCGGAGGACUAGUUCUAGACAAGAUGGCAGCAGCGGCUGGAGCUGCCUGUAGAUCCAUGGGAGAGGUUCAUCCUGUUCACCCUGUACCCUCACCCUAUGCCAGGGUAACAGCGCCUCGCAGGCCCAACCACCUCAGCGGGCACGCCAGUGAUGUCACUAGUGUGUUGAGCGGGGAGCUGCCCCCGGCCAUGGGUAAGACAGCGUUAUUGACCAAUAGGAACAGCGUGGUGAGCAGUGGCUAUGAGAGCAUGGUUAGGGACAGCGAAGCCACAGGGAGCAUUACCUCCAACAGAGACUCUAUCAGCAAUAAGAGCUGUUCUAUGAUCAGUGUGGCCCGAAGUGAGAGGAACCCCAAAAGGAGGAGCAGCAACGGUUCACACCCGCGGCAUCUGUCCAAUGACAUGUCCCAAUCUCUGAGGAGGUCUGCCAGUGGGCCCAGGUCUCGCUGGGUGGACAGGGGCAUCUCAGAGGCCUACGAGAUCAAGGUCUAUGAGAUAGAUGACGUGGAUAGGCUGCAGAGGAGAGGAGGAGCAGGCAAACAGGGAAUAGCCUGCUUCAGUGCCAAACUCAAGUUCCUGGAGCACCGUCAGCAGAGGAUCGAAGAGGUGAGAGCCAAGUACAACAGCCUGAAGAGAGAGCUGGUGCUGGCCAAACAGAAUCUCAUGCUGGAGCCAGGGAAAUGGAACCAAGAGUUUGACCUGUGGCAGACGUUUGAGGUUGACUCUUUGGAACACCUGGAAGCGUUAGAGGUGGUCACGGCGAGGCUGGAGAGCAAGGUUAACCUCUGCAAGGCCAACGUCAUGAUGGUCACGUGCUUCGACGUCGCCACCAAGCGCCGGCAAGCGCGGAGACGCCGCCGGACGGAACAGCAGCAAGGAUUCAUGGGGAUUUAGUGUCAUUUUGUUCCCAUUGUUGUUAAUAGAUGUACAAAGAGAGAGAUUUACAAAGAAAGAGAAAAAGAGAUGUACAGAGAGAGAGAGAGAGAGAGAGAGAGAGAGAGAGAGAGAGAGAAGGCCAUUAAUGGAAUACCACCGUCUUUUUAUGCUUAUCUGAAUUCCACUUGAAAACAUACACAGGUAUUUCUAUUUCAACUCCCUAACAGUAGUGAGAAGUAUCACUCAGUGUUGACUUCUCCUGAAUAAGAGGGAGUGGAAUCAGCAUCUCUGAAUACCACAGAGCACUCUCACUCCGAAUGGUGCAUGUUCUUCUGACACACGAUACAGGUCAAUAUUCACCGUUACAGUGGGUAUCAGAAGUAUUCGCCCCCUUGAAUUUUUUUCCACCUUUGUAAUGUAACAAAAGUGGGAUUGAAAUGGAUUUAACUGAUUUACACAAAAUAAUCCAUAAUGUCAAAGUGAAAAGAAAAAAGUGCAAAUGUUUACAAAUGAAUACAAAUUAAAAACUGAAAUAUAGUUGCAUAAGUAUUCUCCCCCUUUGUUUAGGUAAGCCUAAAUGAGUUCAGUAGUCAAAUUUGGCACAACAAAUCACAUAAGAUACAUGGACACACUAUGUGCGAAAGAGGAAUUGACAUGAUUUUUUAAUGACUACCCCUUCCUGUGUACCAACUCAGUGGCCUCACGCUAUAGAAACAGAAGAUAGGGUCCUGCCCUAUGAGCUGAUUCGUCUCGCACAAGGUAAGGAUACUUACUACCCCUUCCUCUGUCCCCCAUACAUACAACAUCUGUAAGGUCACUCAGUCAAGUAUUGAAUUUCAAGCACAGAUUCAACUACAAAGUCCAGCAAGCUUUUCAAAAGCCUUGUAAAGAAGGGUAGUGAUUGGUAGAUGGGUAACAAUAACAAAUCAGACGUUGAGUAUCUCUUUAAGCAUGGUCAAGUU